AUGGAGUUCUUACUCCUCGUCGUGAUAGCAGUUUCUAUCGGUCUCUCAGAAGCUGAAGGAAUUGCGAAAUACGAGGGACCCUUCGCAUAUAUGGUAAAAGAAAAAUUUGGUUUAACUCUGUUAGAAUUGAAGGAUAGAUGUGACGCCAAAGACAAAUCUUUGUGGAAAGAAGUGUCAGAAGCUCGGAAACUUAAUGAAGAACUCGGAGAAGGUUUAGUAACUGAUAUAGCGAAUAGAGCAGCAAAACAUCCUAAUCCCACUGCCGAGGUAUACGAAGAUCUCAUUGAAGAUCGCUGUCUCACAAAUACUGUUAUCGUAAAUGUAAAACAUUUCAACACCUACAAAAUCUUACAAUGCUUGAGCCACAAUGAAUUUCCGGAUGAAUCUCAAAAUCAAGAAAUGUUGAUAAAGUCUAUUUCUAGAACUUGUGCCGAAGUUAAGCUACUAGCUAUGGAAAGAAAUGGACGGGAAUCUUAGUAAAAUGAGUGGCAACAGUAG